AUGGGUACAAAGGUGAAAGUCGGCGGCACAGAGUUGCUUCUCUUCACGUCGAUGAUCCUGUGCUUCCUGGCGUUGGGCAGGGGUGCGGUGCAAACUUAUGAACCGGUAGUCAAAGUUCCUGAGAAUAGACCUGCCAAGCUGUCCUGCUCCUACUCGGGCUUCUCCUCUCCCCGUGUGGAGUGGAAGUUUACCCAUGGGGAUAUCAGAGGUCUCGUUUGCUAUAACAACAAAAUCACAGCUUCCUAUGAGAACCGAGUCACCUUCUCGGAUAGUGGCAUCACCUUCCAUUCUGUGACGCGGAAAGACACGGGGAUGUAUACCUGUAUGGUCUCUGACGAAGGCGGCAACACCUAUGGGGAGGUCACCGUCCAGCUCAUCGUGCUCGUGCCUCCGUCCAAGCCUACGAUCAACGUCCCCUCUUCUGUUACCAUUGGAACCCGAGCAGUGCUGACCUGCUCAGAGAAAGACGGCUCCCCACCGUCUGAAUACAAGUGGUUCAAGGAUGGGGUAGAGAUGCCCUUGGAACCCAAGAGCAACCGAGCCUUCAGCAACUCUUCCUAUACCCUGAACCCCAAGACAGGGGAGUUGACCUUUGAUCCCGUGUCGGCCUCUGAUACUGGAGAUUUCACUUGUGAGGCACAGAAUGGCUAUGAGUCACCCAUGAGGUCAGACAUUGUGCACAUGGAUGCUGUGGAGCUCAAUGUCGGGGGCAUCGUGGCAGCUGUCCUCGUAACACUCAUUCUCCUGGGAGCCUUGAUUUUUGGCAUCUGGUUCACCUAUAGCCGAGGCUACUUCGACAGUAAGACCUCCAGUAAGAAGGUCAUUUACAGCCAGCCCAGUGCUCGAAGUGAAGGGGAGUUCAGGCAGACCUCGUCCUUCUUGGUGUGA